CUGCGAACCCCGCGAAGGGCCUGGGACAACCCCCUUUCGAAUUCAACUACGGCAGACGAUCACGAACUUGAGUCGCUUAUCCAUGAUCCCAUCCAUGGAUUGCUCACACCGGUAGCGUUCGACGUCGUCAGCCUUGCUAUCCAGGUUUCGAGCGUCCAUAUUAGCUUGAAUCAUGGCACCCAACAGCGCCACGAUCACGGCUCUGCUGAAGCAGACGGUAUAUUAUCACCUCGACAACCUAUCCUACGAAAACGCCCUCUUCUUUGCCGAGAGGCUACAAGCCCACGAUCCUCGGUCGGGCGACUCUGCAUUUAUUUUAGCCCUCUGCCACCUCAGGCUUGGCGACUGUCGGUCAGCAUAUGAGAUCAGCAAACCGGCCGGAUAUCGCGGCACAAAUCUUGGGUGUGCCUUUGUCUAUGCUCAGGCUUGCUUGGCACUAGACAAGUGCAAGGAUGGCAUCACUGCGCUGGAGAAAUCGAGGGGACUGUGGUCCAGUGGGUGUGACCUUGGGAAGCAUACUUCGUCGAGUCGGACACCGUAUCCUGAUGCGCCGGCCAUGAGCUGCCUUCUUGGGAAGCUGUAUCGCGCCUACGGUGACAAGAAUAAAGCCAUAUCUUACCUCGAGGACGCCUUGAAGCUGAACCCUUUCAUGUGGGACGCCUUCACUAUUCUUUGCGAGAUUGGGGGGGUCGAUUUGAGGGUUCCGAACGCCUUCAAAUCAAAUGACUCCUUCGCGCGCAGUUUUGAGCCAGAAUCGAGCAACACAGACCAUCGAGAGACGAUGGGUUCAAAUCCCCUGGAACGUAUCCCGAAGAAGUCGGCUCUUCAAUCGGUUAUGCAGGAUUCGAACGAUCCGUUCGACUUGCAGCGCACAUCGGCGUUUCAGGAUAUCCCGAACGGCAACUUUCUCUUUGCCGAGACGGGCGAAAAUGACUUCUUAUCUAAAAUAGCCGCGGCUCGGACGAGGCUGACGGCAACCGGAGGCAAUGUUAACAGCCCUGAGGGGAUGGAAACUCCCACAGGGCACGCCUCGACACUGGAUGCUCAAGCGCCCCGUAAUCCCAGUGCCGUCGAGCCGCCCCAGGCUCCGGCAAGGAGGCCCCGGGGUGGCGCUGAACACGCCAUUCUCGACGCACCGCCCAGAAUGAGCUAUCGGUUAGGGUCCAGGAAGAGGGAGAAGGGUCAGGACCAGUCAGCGGAGCCUUUAACGGGCACAAGUGCCCCGUUGUUUCGAGGGUCCAACCUGUCGAUAUCUGCUGGUGAGAGGAAGCGUACGGUCUCGGGCCACCCCGCACAGUCUCGGCAAGCUCAAGCCGAGGAACCCAGGCGAAGCGCAAGGUUGAAUGUGUUCCCCAGGUCGGCUGCAUCCAAGACGAACUCUGGCGCUGCUACUAUCGGUGCCACAGCGGGUCGUGAGCUGAGAAAGGCUAGGCCCCCCAUCUCCCGAAUCAUGCGGCCGGGUUCUAGUGGGUCCAGCGUCGGCCGGGUAGUAAGCGGGAACCGGAAGCCUCUCGAGGAAAGCGGCAUGGACGUUGAUCACGCCGAGAUCCCACGUGGCAAGGAUGUGGUACCGCCGCCUCCCCCGGCUGCAAAGUCAGUCGAGUCGGACUCGGUGAAGAUCGAAGAAGCACUGAGAUGGCUCCUGGAUUUGCUGAAGAAGUUGGGCUCAGGCUACCUGCUUUCGUCCCGAUUCCAAUGCCAGGAAGCCCUGGCCUUCUACGCUAGUCUUCCCCGGAGCCAUCAGGAUACACCCUGGGUUCUGGCACAGAUGGGCAGGGCACAGUACCAACAAGCGAACUACGCGGAGGCAGAGAAGUUUUUCAGGCGGCUGCGCAUCUUGGCGCCUACCCGUCUCGAGGAUAUGGAGGUCUACUCGACGAUCCUGUGGCACCUGAGGAGGGAAACGGAUCUCUCGUUCCUCGCACAUGAGCUGGUGGAGUCGGAGUGGCAUUCUCCCCAAGCUUGGUGCACAUUGGGCAAUGCGUGGUCUUUGGCCUCUGACCGCGAGCAGGCCGUGCGGUGCUUCCAACGGGCAACUCAGCUCGAUCCAAAGUUCGCCUACGCCUAUACCCUCCAGGGCCACGAGCAUGUCCUUAACGAGGAGUACGACAAGGCGCUCGGGUCGUACAGACAUGCCAUCUCGGCCGAUCGAAGACAUUACAACGCCUACUACGGCAUCGGCAAAGUUUACGAGAAGCUUGGCAACUACGACAAGGCGCUCCGCCACUACAACGCUGCCUCUGCCAUCAACCCAACGAACGCGGUUCUGAUUUGCUGCAUCGGGACCGUCCUGGAGAAGCAGAAGCAGAUCAUGCAGGCUCUGCAGUACUUCAGCAAGGCCACGGACCUGGCACCCAGGGCGGCGCAGACACGGUUCAAAAAGGCUCGGGCGCUCCUGGCGAUUGGUCAACUGGAGGCAGCGCAGAGAGAGUUGAUGAUUUUGAAAGACCUCGCUCCAGACGAGGCUCGAGUCCAUUUCCUUCUUGGAAAGCUAUCCAAGACGCUCCGUGAUAAAAAGUCGGCAGUUCGCCACUUCACGAUUGCCCUCAGCUUGGACCCGAAGGCUAGUCAGCAAAUUAAGGAAGCAAUCGAGAAUCUGGAAGAUGAUGAUGGCCUGGACGACUCGAUGGUGCAUUAAAGACUCAUGGCUCAUGAUAGAAGCUGUAACAUUGAUUUUUUUUCUUGGGCUCUCGGCGCCGGUAUGGCCUCUUUAACUAUAUGUUCCUGGAGAA